AAUAUAAAUGACAAUAAUGACAGAUCGGUAUAUUGCUUUUUUAUAAAUUUAUAUUUUAUUUACAUUUUUUUAAUAAAUUAAUGUAAAUAUUUUACUUCCAGUACAAAAGUUAAAGUUUUCUCAGGAAUUUUAGGAAAGAAUGCCUUCAAAUGUUCGCCUAAAAGGCUCUGGAAGCUCAAAUCGGGCACCACCAGUUACGCCAAUGUCCGAACGCCAACAAAUGGCAUUACUAAUGCAGAUGACUUCUUCGAGCGAAUCGGGAUCUCGUAGUCCUAGUUCAGGAUCAAGAUCGAGAGAUCGGAAUGAAAGAGGUGAAACCCCAUUGCAUUUAGCUGCUAUUAAGGGGGAUGUAGAACAAGUGUGUAGAUUGUUAGCGCAUCGCGCCGACCCUAAUGUAGCUGAUUUUGCUGGUUGGACACCAUUACAUGAAGCUUGUAAUCAUGGUUGGUAUGAUGUAGCCUUUCGAUUAGUUCAUGCAGGAGCAAAUGUCAAUGCUAAAGGGUUAGAUAAUGACACUCCUUUACAUGAUGCUGUAAUUAAUGGCCACCUAAAACUAAUUAAACUACUGGUAGAAAAGGGUGCAGAUAUUAACGCAAAGAAUUCUAAGGGCAAGACUCCGUUGGAUAUUGCAUCGGCAUCUGUGCAGCCUUAUUUACUGAAUCACAACUUGCCUUUGCCCGAAUCGGGCAGCACGACGUCGUCGAGAGCACAGCCUCGUUCGAGGGAUGAGAAGAAAGUCACGUCUUCGGAGAAACAGAAAAGUGGAAGUGCGAGCACCUCGUCCAGCGACAUGGAAAAUAAGACGAGUUCUGCUGCCGCCGACGACGUUUACGAAUUUAAAUCUGUAAAAGAGACCGAUUCUUCGCCCGAUAAGAACGCGGACGGUGGAGACUCCGAAAUUGAGCCAACCGAUCCCCUCUCUAUAGUAACCAAUGCAAACGAGGAUUCUAGUAAAAGGGCUUAUUCGGAAUUCGAAAAUAACGAAGAGAAUGAAAAAGACGAAGAAAAUAAGAGGAAGAGAAGAAAGGAGGAUGGUGGAAAGGAAAGUGGAAAAGCAAAUCAAAGGAGUACUGGUCAGGGUAAAGGCCAGAAUAAUAAACAAACGUCAGGUGGUACCGGCAAGUCCGCUGGAUCUAGUGCAAAAUCGAGUAGUUCUACUCCAACAGAUAAAAAGAGUCCUGUUAGUAGUCCGAAACCCAACGUGAGCAGUUCUAGUGAUGCUGAAGUAGAUGGUAGUUCAACUUCAGCGGAUGGUAAAACUACUGAUUUAAAAGUUCCACCAUUAAAGAUUGUUAUACCUCAAAGUUCAGCUAAUGAACAAGAUACCAAUACAAGUAGAAAUGGCAAAAAUAAUUCCCAGAGAACACAUCAGGCACUGCCCUACAUUGUUGCUAGUUCUAAUAAUGAUUCAACUGAAAAUGAUGGAACCACUGGUAGUAAUGACCAAGAAAGUAAUUCCACUUCAAAAGAAUCGGAGAAAAAGGAUGCAAGUAAUGGACAAAAUGAUGAACAGCGCGGAAAUGGUGCGGGGGGCUCAGGGGGUCACUCGCAGCAUCAGCGCGUAUUGCGCAGUUCUCAUCGCGGCAGCAACAGCUCAUCACCGCAGCUUCAACGUCAUUCCCCCUCGCCCUCUAGUGGCACAUCUUCGGCUUCAAGUCCGGCCGCCACGGGGAAUUGUCAGCAGGCCGACAUCCCCACUUCGACAGGGGCGGCAACCUGUCCCACACAAUCUAAAACUGAUUCGCAGGCUACUCAAAACUCGGAAACAGAACCAAGUACUUCGAACAAUUCCAAUACUGUAAUGCCAGUACAGCCGUCUGUCGAAUUGCAUCCACGCAAACGAAAAAUGAAGCAGAGCCGUGAACAAGCUAAUUCACAGGCCCAAACUACAGAACAUCAAGAAUCUACUUCUGAAACUCGGGAAGUGCAUCCUCACGAACAACCUAUUACUAAUUGUUACAAACUUUUUAUGAACAUUCGAAAACAAAUUGAGAAACGACGAAAAGGAUUAUAUCUUGUACAACCAAAACCACCGCAAGGAUUUAAUCAUUAUCUUAUGAAUAGGUGCACAUAUGUGCUAGAAAAUACUGCUCCGACAACACCUAAUAUAAAUUAUCCUCCUACAUUACCCCAACAAAUGAAAGACUUAUUUGCUGAACAAGAAAAGGAAAGAUAUAGAUUAAGAAUGCAGCAUGUAAUUGAAAAGGAGAAACUGGUUUUAUCAGUAGAGCAAGAAAUAUUACGAGUCCACGGUAAAGCAGUAAGAACAUUGCAUAAUCAGCCAUUACCAUAUUCUGUAUGUACAAUUUUGAGGGAUGAAGAGGUUUAUAAUUUAAUUACUCCCGAACAAGAAGAAAAAGAUAGAGUUGCUAGAGCUAGAUUUAAUGGCCGCUUAUUUUUAAGUUGGUUACAAGACGUCGAUGAUAAAUGGGAGAAAAUUAAGGAACACAUGCUCUUGAGACAUCACCACGAAGCGGAAUCUCUUCACGCCGUGCAAAAAAUGAACUGGGAAUGGAAACUGAAAGAGUUGAGUCUCUGCGAUAAAAAGUCUACACCUAAAAUAGACAAAGUGCACGUUCCCGAAGUGCACGUUAGUGAUGAUUUUAAUCUCCUACCUGCAUAAGAUGUUUUAUUUAAGGAUAUGUAAAUUUGUUAUAUGCUAAUUUUAUAUACGUUUAUCUAAUUAUAGAGUAAACUUAGGUAACACAGUUUCCAAUGAGAUAAAAUCACGCAGAGUUUUGGCUCAUAGUAUUAUGGCAUUAUAAAAUAUUGAUAGUACUGUACUUAUAGACAGAACUUUUGAAAUAUAAAAUUGGAAAAUAUAUGCUGAAAAAUAUGACAAACAA